GAGAGAGAGAGAGAUGGUGGGAUGACAUAAAACGAUGCAGAGAGAGGAGGAGAAAAUAAAAAGGACCAGACUGCAAGCGCAGAUCCCUUUAUGUCAUGGACCUGGAAUAUUUUCGGGAUUUCUUCUAUCUUCUUUUCCUUCCCAGCUGUGUUUUUUUUUAAACGCGCAGGAGAGACGUGACUGGCAUCAUCAAAAUCUCUGACAUACACACACACACACACACACACACGGAUACACACGGACAUGAAAGGAGAUAUGAUUUUUGUGUUAUUUAACAUUUGGACUCCAUUGAGAGAAAUAAGGUGAGAACACCGGUUACGCAUUCGCACACCCACGUACGCGCGGAGCGGACUAUGAUCAGGAGGAUUUGAGUCAUUUGCCUUUGCUGCUGCGCUGCAAAGUUGCAAAAAAAUCUGGGCAGUUGAAUCGUGGCAGCAUGGAUGGAUUUGGUGCGUUAUUUGGCGCAUUCGGCGCCCGUCGCCCUCCCAGGAUAUGGUGCUGCUGGAAGGUGUUUUUUCUUCUCAGCGUCUUCUUUCGCAACUACCUGAGUUCCUUGCUGGACUGUCCGCCCACUUGCACCUGCUCGCCCACAGAGAUCUACUGCAAUAAGUCAGACAACAGCAAAUUCUUCCCGCUGCUGUCCUUUCAGGGCACCGGCAGCGCCGGGAACAGUACUGGGAGCAUCGAGGACCUUUUCCAGAACAUCACCUCCAUACACAUUGAGAACUGGACUGGUCUGCAGACCUUGAGGGAUGUGGACAUGGAGCUCUACACCGGCUUACAGAGGCUAACUAUAACAAGGAGCAACCUGCAUGUGAUCCAGGCUCGUGUUUUCUCCAAGAACCCCCACCUGCGUUACAUAAACCUGUCCAAGAACCUCAUGUUGACCACAUUGUCCUGGCAGAUCUUUGAACAUCUGCAGCUCUUCGAACUUCAUUUAGAGGAGGUGGUGUUUGCCUGCGGCUGUGAGAUUCGCUGGCUGCAGCUAUGGCAACAGAGAGGCGAGGCGGGGCUAAGCAGCCAACAGUUAGACUGUGAUGACGGCUUCAGGAGGAUACUGCUGCAGGAUAUGAACAUUAGCAGUUGUGACCUGCCAGAUAUCAGCGUCAGCCACAGCAACCUCACUGUUAACGAAGGUGAUCGAGUAACAGCGAUCUGUAACGGCUCUGGAUCCCCGUUACCUGAGGUGGACUGGCCUGUCAACGGCUUGCACUCCAUCAAUGCACAGGAGGCCAGAGUCUACGACAACAACACCAUUCAUUCCAUUAACAUAACUUUGGUCAAUGUGAGCAGAGACGACAACAACUUCCUGCUAACCUGCACCGCCACCAACAUAGUGGGCAUGACCAACGCUUCUGUCCAGCUAACUGUUCACUUUCCUCCUUCCAUUGUGAAGCUGAAGGAGCCAGAACGCCGCCAUGACACGUGCAUCGAGUUCACUGUUCGAGGUUCGCCCCACCCGACCCUACGAUGGUUCUACAAAAAUCAGGAAAUAUCCCACACUGAGUAUGUGCGUCCUGAUAUGGAUAUUUAUCAGGAUUACAUUGAGGGCUGCCUAACCUUUAAAAACCCAACGCACCACAACAACGGAAACUACACUUUGGUGGCCAGUAACGACUUGGGUGAGGCUAUCAGUACUGUGUACGGGCACUUCCUGGACAAGCCCUUUGAGGGUAAGUUGGAUCCCUACACAGAUUAUGAUUAUGCAACCCCGACUGCAGAGACUCACAAACCUGAGGAAGACACUUUUGGGGUAUCCAUAGCAGUGGGCUUGGCAGGGUUUGCUUGUGUGAUGCUGGUUGUUCUCUUCCUUUUCAUCAACAAAUAUGGACGACGCUCCAAGUUUGGCAUGAAAGGACCAGUAGCAGUGAUAAGCGGUGAGGAAGACUCUGCCAGCCCCCUUCAUCAUGUGAACCAUGGGAUUAUCAGUCCCUGUACGCUGGAUGGCGGGCCAGACGCUGUGGUGAUUGGAAUGACCAGGAUUCCCGUCAUAGAGAACCCACAGUACUUCAGACAUGGACACAACUGUAAUAAACCCGCCACGUAUGUUCAGCAUAUUAAACGGAGGGACAUUAUUUUGAAGAGGGAGCUCGGAGAGGGAGCCUUCGGCAAGGUCUUCCUGGCUGAGUGUUACAACCUGAGCCCCACCAAGGACAAGAUGCUGGUCGCUGUAAAGACUCUGAAGGACCCCACUCUUGCUGCCAGGAAGGAUUUCCAGCGUGAGGCUGAGUUGCUGACCAACCUCCAGCACGAGCACAUAGUGAAGUUCUACGGAGUGUGUGUGGACGGAGACCCUCUCAUCAUGGUCUUUGAGUACAUGAAGCACGGAGAUCUCAAUAAGUUUCUCAGAGCCCACGGGCCAGACGCCUUGAUCCUGGUGGAUGGACAGCCUCUGCAGACCAACGGGGAGCUGGGUCUGUCCCAGAUGCUUCACAUAGCCAGUCAGAUUGCAGCUGGAAUGAUCUACUUGGCGUCUCAACACUUUGUGCAUCGUGAUCUGGCAACCAGGAACUGCCUGGUGGGAAAUGGCCUUCUGGUGAAAAUAGGAGACUUUGGCAUGUCCAGAGACAUUUACAGCACAGAUUAUUACAGGAGAGGAUGUCACUGUGAGGAAAAGGUGGGAGGUCACACCAUGCUGCCUAUCCGCUGGAUGCCUCCAGAGAGCAUUAUGUACAGAAAGUUCACCACAGAGAGUGACGUGUGGAGCUUCGGAGUCAUCCUGUGGGAGAUCUUCACUUACGGCAAACAGCCGUGGUUCCAGCUCGCCAAUAAUGAGGUGAUAGAGUGCAUUACUCAGGGCAGGGUACUGGAGCGCGCCAGGCUCUGUCCCAAGGAAGUCUACGAUAUGAUGCUGGGUUGCUGGCAGAGGGAGCCACAACAGCGCCUCAACAUUAAAGACAUUCAGAAAAUGCUGUUUACUAUGAUGAAAGCCACACCGGUCUAUCUGGACAUACUGGGAUAGGAAUUGAUACGAGGGGAAAGAAACUGGAUGUAUUUAAGUUUGGACUAGAUCUUCACUGGAAUAGAAAUAAGUACACUGCAUCGGAAAGAAAUGAAUUGCCUUGGAGCGGAAGCCUGGCCUGGACUCACAGCAGUCUGUAAUGGAAACAUGAGAUUUGGGAUUAGGAAUGGACUGUACCUUGCACCCAACUGUCUGGCAUAUAAGGAUUGGAAUGGACAAACUAAAGUGGAAUAGUUAACUAGAUUGAAAUGAACUGGAUUACAUUGCAUUGCAUCAAAUAAUAAUCAAAGGAAAUGUCUUGUACCUUACCUAAAUGGUUGGGUCUGGGCUUGUUAGGUCCAGUCUUGCUCCUUUUCAAAUGAACUCAUAGCUAAAAGACUUGACUAUGAAGAUUGGAUUGCAUCAAACUGGACUGAACUCGAUUAACCUGAUUGUACUGGUCUAGUACGGUUUGGUUAUCCUAAUCAUUUAGGUACCAUCAUUUCCUAGCGUAUGCUAUCAGUGCAGCUUUGGUUCUAUCUUGAUGAAGCCUGACCUGGCCUGGUAGAAUAUGGCUCAGUUUGGCUAUAUUUCAAAUAACCUGUCCUAGAUUAUAUUGACCUCACCCUAAUGGGUUUUUAUCUUUGUCCCUUGGUAUGUGAGGCAUGGGUUGGUUUGACUCAAUUUAGUUUGGUUUCACAAACCCUAAGUUAGAGCAAUCAUAAUUGCUAAGCCUUAUUUGGCUUGUACUUUUGCCCGGUACUCACACAGUAAAUCAUCCUCGACUUCCACUGUGUAAUAUAGAAGUUCAGAAGGAGAACCUGCAUACAUACAAAUGUGGAUGCUUAUGUGUUCCAGGAUAUCUUAGACAGGUUUGACUAUUUGCCUAUAAUUGUACAUGCCUUGGGCUUGGCCAGAUUGCACUCAACGCCCCUCAUGUAGAACUUGAAAGUGUGUAUGGUAAACAUUCUGGAGAAUCUUCAUGACACUCCACUGUUUUAAUGUGUUAACAGGUCUGUUCAGUAAAUCUGUUAGGGUUACAAUUAUAUGUAAUGACGUACUUAGUGCGAGACAGUUGUCUGCUUCUGACGAACAUUUUUCAGAUUUCAUUUUUCAACACUGUUCAUUGAAACAUUGAGGAAAUAGGUCAACAAGAAAGGACACUGCGCAUAAAUCCAACAUGUCACAGCAGCUACUGUGUUCUUAAGUGGUAGUCCAAUGUCAACACGCUUCAAUCUUUCAUCUCCAAAGCCUUCAAAGAUAGUCCUUCUAGUCCUGGACACUUGUUACCCCACUGAGCGGUUCACUUCUGCAAGAGCCCAACCAGACCUUCCAAUCCUGAGCCUGGAAGUGUGGCCUGAGUGACUGUCUGUCGCCAUAGAGAUGGACCUAAGUGCCUCCUACUUCUUUCUAAAUACUGGGAACUAAAAAAAAAAGUAGUCUUUCAAAAUAAGAGCACUUUUACAUUUUGUUUACCUGCUUAAAAAAAUGUACACUUGCUGUAAACCUUUCUUGUUUUUCUUACAAACUUUCAGCACUCUAUGUAUUGAAAAAAAACAAAACUCAAAAACAGAAUAAGAUUUAUGAAAAUUAUGAAGAAAAAGAUUUACCCCUGGAGGACAAAGCAAAAAUGAAUUUAAAAAAAGCUUUUUUGUACCCUUUGCAGCUUGACAAGAAUGUUGAACAACCCAAGGUGAAGUUACAUGUUCUGUUUUUUAAAAAGAAUACAUACUCUAUAUAUUUUUUAUUUAUUUUUAUUUUAAAUCAAAGAGUGGACCUCUGCCAUGCUCCAAAGCCAUUGGAAUAUUCUGCCACUGGGUAGGAAAGAACUGAUCACCACUAAAAGACAAACACUUGGCUGGAAUUAAGCUUUCAAGAAUUACUUAAAAUAAGUAUUUUUGUGCAGUGUAACAUCCCUGGAUCCACUCUGACGUCAUCGAGCUACAACAGCUGUAUGGCAACAGAAAGCCUGAACUUAAAGGAUAACGAAGGAGGUACCGGUCAAUGAACAAAAUCUUUUUUUAAAUAAUGUAUAUACUGUAAAUCUCUAUGUCUUGAGACAUGUUAACUUAUUUCCUUUCCUCGAGUUUGAUUAUUUUUAGCUUCUUGAUGUGUUGUUACAUGGUUCAGUGAAAGCCAAUAGAUAUUUUGAUAAUCUUUCUUUCUAGUUGUAGUUUCUGUUAUUAUUUACUUCAUCUAGUCAUACAAUGUCUUUUCAACAUUUAACAAGAUUUUAACUAAAGUUACAUUUUAAUCAUUUCAUCGUUUUUUUAGUUGUUCAUUUGAUUGUAAUGUAUAAGUCAGGACAGUAGAGGAAAGAUGUAAAGUUAAUUGGCCAUUGUUUUAUUAACCUACUCAGAGUGCAAGUAUUGUUCUAGGGUCAGGGAUUUUCUUUACCAGUUCCUAACCCUAACCCUAACCAGUCAAAUACAUCAUUAACAAUGGGAUUUACUUUUGUUUGCCAUUCACCAUUCUGAGUCAGAUAAAAAAGAUUGGUGUCCACCAAUGGUGUGUUAAGCCUAUUUCGGAUCAAGAGUGGAAUUAGGGGAAAACUGCUAGCAUAGCUUCCACAAAAGACACAAAUAAAUUGAUCUUCAAACUUUUCUGAAUCCAUCUACAAGCUAGCAACAUUUCCCACAAUUUUGAACUGUUUUAAUUAUCAAUUUUAUAAAACAUAAAACAUAAACAUAUUUUAUUUUGACCAUUUUGGGACCCUUUCUUUCUUUCUUUCUUUCUUUCUUUCUUUCUACCUUGUUAUUUGUUUUACACUGUACAUUGUUCAUUUUUAACCAUUUUGUUUUGCAACACUGGUUUGCGAUUAAUUAUGAUCAGAAAAACACUUUUACUCUGAGAGGCUUAAUAAAAACGUGUUUGCAGCUCUGCGAGAUACUUCUGAUAUAUUGUAUAUAGUUAGCCUGACUCACUCAACUGAACGUCCAGUUAUCUGUCUCCAUCAUAACUUACUCAUUAGAUUUUCCCAUACAGGUGACUGAGAAACAUUUCCGGACAAGGCCAUUGGUCCAAUUUCACCAGGAAUGACAAAUCAGGGUAUGUGGUUGUUAGCUAAACAUGAUCUAUAGGUUUGAUAUUCUGACAAAAGCAAAACAUUUUGGGUCAGUGAGCAAAGACUGAGUUUAGCAUUGGGUCACUGAGCCCAUAACAAUCAGUAAAAAUUGUAUCUGUCUUUACUCAAUGACUCAAAAGGCAGCGCUCUGUCCAUUAGCUUGACACACAAAACCCAUACUAAACUGUAGAUCAGUCAACUUAAAAGUAAAAUGCAGCAUUAUUGUCCUAAAGUAUAGCCAUAACUGUAUUAAUGUGCCAUCUGUGUAAAGGUAAAUAACGGGUCACAAGGCCACAGGGGGAAAACACUAAGAAAGGUUUAAUGGUCUGAUAGCUGUCAGAUAUCUAGUAUGCCACUGUCAUACUAAUUAGUGUACUGUUGUUUAACUGUCAUGUAUUUAAAGUUGUUGUCUAAGAACUAGUUUCUCAAAAGCACCUAUGUGCUAAAAUAAUUUAACUUUAGAUUUUGACCUGGCAUUAAAGUUGUAAUUGAGGGUGCCCCGGAAGCUCACCUGGUAGACUGGGCGGCCCAUGUACUGAGGCUGAGUUCUUACUGCAGCUGUUUCAGUUUGAGUCCGACUUGCGGUCUUUUGCUGCAUGUCAUCCCCUCUUUCUCCCCCUCCCUACAGUUGUCUUUACGGCUGUCCUAUCAAUUAAAGGCAAAAGGCCCCGAAAAAAAUAAUCCUUAAAGUUGUAAAAGAGAUAAAAAUGUAUCAAAAUUGAACAGAUGCAAACACCCGUGCUGCCUGGGGAGAUAGUAUGCGUACAUCAGAUUCCAAUGCUUUUGUGUGCGGCCUUGGGUUGUUAUUAUAAAAUUACAUAUUCAUGUAAAAAAUAACAACCCCAAUGUCAGGAUAAAAUAGGGCCAAAGUUAUCUUACAGCUUGUGUCAAACCUCGAUGAACUUUUCCAGCCUAUCUUUCUUAGCCCUUUCAAGAACUACUGUAUGAUACCAUUACUAGUAUAAUUGUAAGUGGUUGUUUUCUGCUUAAACUGUAACCAUGUUAAAUGGCUAUAUUCCACAAGUAUGAAUAUAUUUAUGAAGAUGGAAUUUUAGCAGGCACAGGAAACUUGUGUAAGCUACUGCAGCUCUUCGGUCCUAUGUGCAACAACUCACAGCUUAUUGUCUUUCACAUUGCUGAAAAAGUCUGUUGGAACAGAUUAGAAUGUAAAAAGACAAAUGUGGUGGAUCAGUGGCAUAUUUGGUACAUUACAUCUUUCACGCACUGUGAUUUUCUUUUCUGAAUGUCCUCCAGGAAGUCAGGUUUUACCAAUUAGGUCUACUUGGUGCUCGGUAGGAGCCGUCAUUUGUAGCAUCGUAUGGCGCUACAUUCUAGCCCCAACAUUCAAACCAUAAUCAUUAUAUUUCCCCAACCUUAACCACAUAAGCAUUGCCAUGUGAAAGCAUAAUCAUUUCAAAAACCUUGGCACUGAAAGUUACAAAGUGUUGGAAUUGAAAGGUAUCCAGGUUCGAUCAAUAGCAACAUUCAGACUUUAAAUGAGGCAGUCAGGCCAGGAACAACCAGCAUGAGUCAUGCUGUCCAGUUUUUCUGAUUUCUCCUGUUUACAGAAGUUGAGAUAUGUUCGGCCGCUCAGGACACUUUUUUAAACCACUAUAGGCAUGCUGUGUCAGUAUAUGUAAGCUUCCUGGAGGACAAAAUCUGUGUGCAAAACCCUUCAAACUCUCAAAUAGUCGAGACAGACUCAUCACGCUGCUAAAUGUAUCCUGUACAAUCACAGCUUUAAGCUUGCAUUGAGAGUCUUAGUUGUAUACUUCACUUAUUCUAAUGGCUUUAGGGUGAGGAUAAAUAGUUUAUUUUUCCAUCUGUUGGCUCAUUACAUCACAUUUACACUAUUAUGUUUUUCCAGGAGCAAUGUUCUUUCUCUCUUUUCCAUGCUAUUUAUUCAAUCUGACUUGCUCAAGUUGUCCUUCUUCCCCCUCUUUCUCUCAAGCAUCAUGUUUCCCAUAAAAAGUAUUUAAGCUGAAUAUGUUAAAGCCAUCAUUACUCAAUAAUAAGUCAGUGUCUUUCUCUGCUGCUCUCUCUCUGGGUAACGUGUUGUAUAUCUGUCUCCAUAUUAUCAUUUAUAACUAUGUAUUAGAAUAAUUUGACAACUUGUACAAUGUCUUUUUAAAAAGCUGAGAUGUAGUGAACUUUUAAGGUGGCUCUGUGUAUGAUUCCGACUCAUUAAAAGUUACUUCAUCUUAGAA